UUCGGGUCAUCUUCUUCAAUCUUGUCAAAGAAAACAGUAAAAACUCAUGAAAGGCAAGGACUUUUCAGGUCAUCUUCUUCAAUCAAAGAGGACUCUUUUAGUUUUUUUGUGUUUGGUUUUGGUUUGAUUCCCCAAUCCCAUUCUUUUACCAGUUUAUGGAUCCCAAGGGCGCCAAGCAGCAACACCAGCAGGAGGUAGAGGAUCAAAGCAUGGGAGAGAAUAAAGCAUCUGAGAUCAAGGAUUUCCAGAUUGUGAUGGCGGAUAAAGGAGAAGGGAAGAAGCAACAGUUGGCCCCAAAGAGAAGUUCCAACAAAGACAGACAUACCAAAGUUGAAGGAAGAGGUAGAAGGAUAAGGAUGCCUGCUUUAUGUGCAGCUAGAAUCUUUCAGUUGACAAGGGAAUUGGGUAACAAAUCUGACGGGGAAACAAUACAGUGGUUGUUACAACAAGCUGAACCGUCCAUAAUUGCCGCCACAGGGAGCGGAACGAUUCCGGCAUCAGCUUUGGCAGCGGCUGGGGGCUCAGUUUCAUCACAGCCAGGGGCCUCUCUAUCAGCGGGGUUGCACCAAAAGAUGGAAGAUUUUGGGGGGUCCAGUAUAGGGUCAGGGAGCAGUAGGACCAGUUAUACAAUGGUUGCUGACAAUUUGGGGAGACCCCAUCAUGUGGCAACUGGGUUAUGGCCCCCUGUCAGUGGUUACGGGUUCCAGUCAUCAUCUGGACCAUCUACAACAAAUUUAGGCACUGAAAGUUCCAAUUAUCUGCAAAAGCUUGGCUUUCCCGGUUUUGACUUGACACCUAGUAACAUGGGUCAGAUGAGUUUCACCUCAAUCUUGGGUGAAGCUAAUCAGCCACUCCCUGGUUUGGAACUUGGUCUGUCUCAAGACGGUCAUAUUGGGGCUCUAAAUUUUCAUGCUUUGAGCCAGAUUUAUCAGCAGAUGGAGCAAGCUAGGGCGCAACAGCACCAGCAACAGCAGCAACCCUCUGCUAAGGAUGAUUCCCAUGGAUCAGGCCAGUAAAGUUUUGACCUUUGGGAGAAAGAUGAAGAAAGAAAAGAAAAGGGUCCUCGAGACACGAUUGGCUUGUUCUUUUUUUCCUCUUAAUGUCUCAGUAUUGUAUAAUGGAAAAACCAAAACCAGAAGUGUGAGAAAAAUGGAUACUUUUCCUCUAAUUCCAUAGGGACUGGAUGGAUUUUUUCCCCUUCUUUCUGUACUGCAUCACUCAAGUUUCCAUUGCAGAGGUGGAGCUUUGCACAGCUUAGUAGCUUGGAUUUGGGCUUAACUCCUUGUUUGAUUCAGGGUGUGUCGAUGUUGAUGUAAGCUAAAUCUAUUUUGUUUUCUUCUUCUCUACUUCCGGAAAGAGUGGCAAUCGGUUUGUUUGUGAAAUUAAAAUUAUAAAUUCACAGUAAUACGUCCAUUUUCUUCUUAGACCAAUUAAGAAUGCUUGUUUGUCCAAAAGAAUAUAUUCUUCCACACAAAGGGCUAAUCAUUUAUUACACUGUAGCCUCUGCCUGCCAGAGCAUGCAUUUUUCCUGCCAUAGCUUUCCAUCUAACAUCCAAGAAUCUAUUUCCUUUGUCAUCACUUGAAAUUUGUUCCUUUGCAAAGCUCUUACCCUUUUUUUGGAAAGCCCUUUUACUGAUAUAAUCCUUUUCGCUGAGCACCAUCUAUUUGUCUCUCUUAUCCUAAAUUACUACAUAUUCAAGCUUCACAUAUGAAGGGACUUAGCAUGUAUAUAUCUCUGGAUGCAUUAACUGUUUAUAUCUUUGUUUGAUGUUGAGCAAGAUUAUAUACGCCAACUUUCUCUCGAAUCCCCGAAAAGUCGGCGGAAGUCGGAUUUAAGCUGCUCCAGGUACAAUGUUCUAAAGAAGAAAUCUGGACACAAAGCUGAUAAACCGACCACUUUUGUUAGAAAUGAGAAUACUGUUUUCGUAUAUUAAAUUGUAACAUAGUUGAAUGCUCUGAGGUAUGUCUGGAAAAGACCAUCUUCACUUUUAUUUUUGGUUGGAACUUCAUCAUCAAAUGGUUUGGACUACUUGUCUCAUGCAUGUCAUUGACAAGAUCACAUUAAGACUGGAACAACUGGAGCAUUCAUGCCUCA